AUGGACGCCCUCGGAUCAAUCAUCAAGGCCACAAACCUGUACCUCUUGAAAAAGCAGGAGCAGCAGCAGCAGCGGCAACAACAGCAGCAGCAGCAGCCGCAGGCAAACGGCGGCGCGCGGCAGGGGGAGGGAGCGGCGUCGGCGGUCGCAGCCCCGCAGCCGCUGCUGCUGCGGAAAGGGGCGGCGUACGUGACGCGGAUCCUCAGCGUGUUUGGCGUCGUGCCGGUGGCGGCGGACGGCGUCGGGUUUGGCGGCGGCGGCGCUGGCGCAGCGGCGGGCGGCAGCGGGGAGGGGGACAAGGGGGCGGCGUACCUCGACGCUUUCAGCGCCUUCCGGGAUGAGGUGCGCGGCCUGGCCAAGGCCAAGGCGCCCCACUCGGACGUGCUGGCGGCCUGCGACGCCGUGCGGGACGGCGCGUGCGUGGACCUGGGUGUGCGGCUGGAGGACCGGCCCGAUGGCAAGGCCUUGUGGAAGCUGGACGACCCCGCGGCGCUGCGGGCGGAGCGCGACGAGCGCGCGGCGGCGGCGGCGGAGGCAGCGCGCAAGAAGGUGUCGAAUGCGCUGGCGGCAAAGCAGCGGGACCUGGAGAAGUUUGAGAAGCUGGCCGCGAUGCCCAGCCCGCAG